CUCUCGAGCUUCCAUAGUUCCAGCGCGUUGUUUCCAUGGUUACCAAAGUAUCGGCUGGACGCGAAUGGACCUUGUCGACUUGUUCCGUCUUCUAGCAAAUGUUAAAUUAACAAGCAAUGACAACUUCAGGUAACAUCUUUUUUGUCGACAUAUGUUGAAUAAAUGUAAAUGUGAACGUUAAAAACGGACGUUUUGAGAUGGAUGCUAAUGAAACGUUCGACACAAUUAUGCGCGAGGUAACGUUAAAUGAUCGAGUCACGUGUGAGCCUGAAGACGCCAAAGAGGAGCAGCAGAGCUUUUGGUUCCCCGGAGAGACGGACUCUGAUGACAUUCCCCGAUCCCUGCUCAGCUACUUGGAAACCUCCAAAAGCAGAGCAGCAGUUUGUGAGAAAGUCAUCCUGGAGGACCUUGAAGAUGUCCCGGCGUCACAUGCCACCGAGGACACGACCUUUGAACUCCAUGAGGAAAAGACACAGAAUGAGCAGGCCGACGAGGAGGAGCACGCCUGCACCGACGCCCGCCUCCUUCCUGCAGCCACAGAAGCACUUUCCCCUCACAGGGAGUCAGUGUGUCCCAGCGAUGAAGAUGAAUAUGAAGAGAAGGAGAAGCAUUUGGAAUACAAGGCAGAAGAGGUGAAAGAGGAGGAGCGAAAAAGUCAAAUAGAAAGAGACUUCCAGACGGAGCUGAGGAAGUUAAUGGAGGCAGAGAAGCUGCAGCAGAAGGCGCUUGAGCUGAUGGGGAGGAGAGCGCAGGAGAAACUCCAACAGGAGUUGCUGCUGCAGCAGCAACUGAUCAGCAGUUUGCAGAGACAAGUGGGGGAAGCGAGGAGGAAGAAGGAAGAGGAGCAGCAGAGGAUGAUGGAGGCACAGAUGAGGAGGAAGAAAGAGGAAGAGGAGAGGAAACUUGAAGAAGAGGACAGAAAACGCAAGGAGGAAGAAAAGGGGAGGAAAAUAGGAGAAUGGGAGGAAGAGGUUGGAAAUCCUAAGAAGAUAGAGGAGAGGAAGAAGCAGGAAGAGAUAAGGGGAAAGAAAGAGGAGGCUUUCAUAAAAAUAAAGGAAGAGAGGAGUAGUAGGGAUGAAAAGGAGCAUGAAAAUCUAGAUCAAUCACUGAAACUUAGGGAGAGGAAAACAAAGGAAGAGUCGGACAGAGAAAGAAGGGAGGAGAAGGAAACAAAAUACGUUGCGGAGCAGAAGGAGCUGACAGAAAUGAUAAGAAUAAAGGAAGAGGGAGAUGGAAAAAAAGAAGAAGAACCAAAACCCAUCCAGGAGGACGAGAAGAGGCAAAGGAAAGACGAGAGGAAACCAAAAGAGGAUGAACGUAGGAGAAGGCUGAAGGAAUGGACGGAAGAAGAGGACCAGGAGGGUUACAGAAAAUCAGAGGAGGAAAUAAAGCUGCAGGAAGAGCAGGCGGGCUGUGAAGGAUACGAGGAGGACACCAAGAUGGAAGAAGAGACCAAAACAAAAGAGCAGAAGCUCGGGGAGGAGACGAGGAAGAAGUUCGAGGCAGGGAAGGACAUAGAGGAAGAGGAAAUAAGACCCAAAGAGACGGAGGACAGCAAACAGAGAGCAGCUUACGACCAGACUUCUUCCUCCAGCAGUGCUCCUUCACACCCAGAGUCUAAAGUCAGUCGCACCGGUACCGGAGGCGAGGGUCCGGGUCACCGACGGGACCCGGAGGAGAACUUCAGCCGGACCUCGGCGGGGAGGAGCGCACACUACGCAGCGCUCCUCCCCCAGCGCACGGAGGAGAGGAGGCUGGCCUGGAUGAAAGACUGCGUCCCCUGGUCCAAGCUCUCCCUCCGGAACAGGAGCAGGCAGGAAGGACCGGCCCGGCGCCGGAGAGGGCCCGGAGGGGCCCCCGGGUCCGGAGGCCUGCCCCCUCUCUGCCCGGACUCUCUGCUUCGGUCUGCGGGCCGGAAAUCCCUGCAGGAGGUGACCUCGGUGACCCUGGCGGACCUGCCGGGCCGGUGCUUAUCCACCCUCGCUCAGUGUGCUGGCCUGCGGGCCCUCACCCUGCGACGCUGUGGCCUCAAAUGUCUGGACGCCAUCAAGCAGCUAAAACAGCUCUGCUACGUCGACGUACAGGAAAAUGACAUCUCGUACGUCGACUGUGGGAAUAUGAGCAGCUUACGGGUUCUUCAGCUCGGCCACAACAAGCUGACGUCCAUCCACGGUUUAACCGGCGCCGUCAACCUGGGCCUUCUGGACCUGUCACACAACUCCAUAACCCGCAUUGCUGGUCUGGAGUCCACGAGGAGACUGCAGAGGUUGUCCGUGGACCACAACCAGCUGAUCAGCACCAAAGGACUGAGGGACGUCUACACCCUGCUGCACCUGAGCUGCUCCCACAACCACCUGGCCAGCGUGGAGGGGCUGGAGAACAGCGCUCUGCUCAACACGCUGGAUCUGAGAGGCAACAGCCUCACUGAGCCCCCCAACCUGAAGAACCAGGUCCUCCUCAGAGAGCUGCGCCUGGACGACAACAGCCUGUCGUCCCUGCAGGGCCUCGCUGCCUGCUGGCUGCCCCUCAUGCAGCAUCUGUCCGUGGCCCAGAACAGAAUUACCCAGCUGCCCCCCAUGUCUGAUUCUGUGUCCCUCGCAAGUCUGGACCUUCGAUUCAACUGCAUGUCAGAGCUCCGGAACGUGUGCGACAGUCUGGAGGGAUGUGCGUUCCUGCGAGAGCUCCACCUCCAGGGGAAUCCUGUCCAUCAGGAGCGCGGCUGGAGGGCCGCUCUGCAGAGGGCGGUUCCCGGCCUGAGGACCAUCGACGGCCAGCACACGGACUCCGCUCCGCGGCCCCCGGCUGCCCCGCGGCCCUCAGGCGGCUUCCUGGAGUUCUGUCAGGCUCAGCUGCAGCACACUGAGGAUCUGCAGCGGCAGCACAGCGGGGAACUCAGUAGCGCCGCGUCGCCCCUGGAUGCCGUGAAGUUCUCCUGCCGCCACCUCACUGAGGUCCUGCAGCUGGCUGAGGACCAGCGAGUCGCCCAUGAAUGUGGGGACACCGCUGUGGAUGACACACACCCAACAACACCUGAGAGACGUCCUGAGUCCAGCAAUCAGGACCUGGACCUUCAAAACACAGCAGCAGUCGUGAUUCAGCAGCUGUGGAGGAAAUAUAGACAGAAAUGUGGGAACAUCAGCAGCUUCUCCACGGCCGAGAAGGGAGGAGGAGGAGAUGGAGGAGGAGGAGGAGAUGGAGGAAAAGGAGGAGGAGGAGGAGGAGGAGAUGGAGGAGGAGGAGGAGGAGGAGAUGGAGGAAAGCCAGCGCCGGGAGCGUCCUACGUUAACGGCAGUGUGGUCGGCUCGGAUCACGCAGCAACUGUCAUCCAGGCGUAUUGGAGGGGCUGCGCCCUGAGGAGGAGGCUCGCAGCGGCUCUGGCUGCUGUCGCGCGGUCCGCCGCCGCCGCAGAGGACGACGCCUUCGAGGAGGUGUACUUGGAGGACUUGGUCUUUGAUGAGGCCGCACUGGAGAAGCCCUGGACCUUGUCGUUUUCUGAAGACUCCCCCCCCAGACGUUGUCCUUCAUCAGAGUCUCUGAAGCUUCCCGGACGCUUUCCUGAAUCCUCCAAGUUCAUCCUCCCAUCGCCGCUGGUAUGGAGGCCAAGGCAGGCCUGGCUGCCCGGAGAACGGGUGGAGGCGGCUGGACAGAGAGAUUCCCCAGAGACCUCCAGCAGAAGGAAAUCUACUGCUUCAACCUCAGUGACCAGCGGUCUCAGCGAGAGAAAAGAAAAGAUCCUGGAGGAAUGGGGCUUCACUGACAGCCACACAGCUCUUCAAAUGCUCAAGAGAGCUCAGAAGAUGAAGUCAACAACGCAGUGGCAGAAGAAACGUCAAGAUCCCUCCGUCCAUCUUGCCUUCAGAAACUGCGGUUACCCGCUGGGUCCGAUGGCGGCGAGGAAGCGGCCGGCGCAACACCACAAGAGUGAUGCAAAAGGUAGGAUUCGAGACGUGCUAAACAUUAGUUGCUUGAAAUUCUCGAUUCUCGAGACGUUGACACGUUUUCCGUCUUUGUCUCCAGGUACCGAGGUCCCAUCUCCUCGGCAGGUCGCCUCCGUGCCGUCAAAGAGGGAGCGCAUCUCCCACAGAGACACCCCGGUCCAGAUGAGCGGUGGCUGGGGAGGCGGCAAGAAGAGGGACAAAGUGAAAUAAACCAACUCUUCCACUGGCGGACCAGCCCAAAUCUGGAGUAUCGCCGCCUGGCCGCCAACCAACGUUCAAAAUGGUGGAAGGACACGAGGAGCAGCCGGACUCACAAUGUCUCAACUUUAGUUGCCUUACCUUUGGACUGAUUGGAAUACUAUGCAGUAAUAUGUCGGCUUAACAAUGAAAAUGUAACGUUUUGUGUGUUGUUCGUGUUAUUUUCCAUCCAGCCCAGAUAUGGCGGGAUAUUUUCUCAAAAUGGUUGCCAAUAGCAACCUGGCAACCAUUACUGUCGAGCAGACCGUAAUACCUGUGGGCUUGUGUUUAUUUAAAGCUAAACUGUUCUUUCUCUGCUGAUUUACUGAAAAAAAUGUAGUAUAUAAAGCCCAGAAAUUUAAGAGCAAUUUCCCCGCUCUGCGGCAUAUUUAGCUCCCGCUCGCCAACUGCGGCCUCAAAAAGGACCGCUGUUCCUGGCCGAGUUCAAACAUUGCCGUUAAAGUGAGGACUUAUGCUCCUGGAUCACGAUGUGUCCGCUUGCCCCGGACUCGGGGGGCCGGGCCGUCCGCGGGUCCGCAGCUUCCUCGCCGCCUGGAAACGAUAACGCGACCAAAAGCAAACAGUCGGCCCCCCGGCAGGAAACGCACGUCGCUCUAUCUGCUCUCCCGCUGUCGUUGGCUUGCACAUGACUAGAUGGGGGGAGGCAGGUGACAUAAAAGCGUCGGUACCUUCAUGCCUGUUUGGACCCCAGGUGACAUCCGCUGCAGCCUUCAGAGCUUUUUCUCUUAUACAAGAAUUGAGGAGUAAACUCAAAAGGUUGUGGGUUGUAAAGUCAGAGCUAAUUUAUUCCCCCAAUGACUGUUUUAGAAUAAACGUAGAAGACAACAGGACAGCGGGGGGCGGGACCAAUGUCACAGGAACACAACAGGUUUGUACUUGAGCUAAAACAGAGUCACUUCCUUUCGUCAGCUGGUAGGGAACUCGUCUACACAUCGAUCGACAUGUUAACAAUCGUGAAAUAUAUCCCACAUAUAUACAUAUAUAACACAUUUCUUUUCAUCUAGUUGUGUUAUAACAAUCCACACACAAUGUGGUUUUUAUACAAAGUCCAUUGAUAUGUUAUCGUGUUUUUGUGUAGCAGUAAGUUUAAAAAUUAAUACAAGUAUAUUUUUUGACUUUUA